AUGUCAUCGAAUCACUCAAAUCCAUUACUAGUGGAUCCCUCAAUUGUAUCAAUAGAUCCGUCACAUUAUCCUUCAAAAAGACCAAGUAAAAAUAAUAAAAGACUGCAAUCACAUACAUCAAUAAAUAAUUUGGAUCCCAGUAAUGCUCUAAGUAAAUUAUUAGACAGUGCAAUGGCUCAUGCUGCCAAGGAAAAUACACCUGAAUCAUAUGUGGAUGACAAUAACAAUGUUGAUGAUCUGUUCAAUGAUACUGAAAAUUCCACUGAAAAUGUAUCAAAGAGUCAAGUUGAAGACGAAUUCAAUUUAAUAUCUUCUACUAUACCCCCAAAAAAAUAUGGACUUCCCAAUAUAUAUACGAUAAAUCAUUUAUUACAAUUAAGAGACGAAAUAGAGUUGAUUGAAUUCAGUGAUACUUUACCAGAUUUAUCAUUUUGGAGAUUAAAGCCAGUAAGAGAACAAGGAAACGGAAGAUCCUUCAAUAAUAAUUUAAAUAACACUGGUGAACCAUUCAAUAACAAAAGUAAAAAAUUUAGAAGACAUCAACAUGAAACCUGGGAAAGAAACAAGUCCGAGAAACCACAUCAAAGGAAUAAUCGUCAUGGUUUUAAUAAAGCUCAAGAAUUAGAAUCUUUGAGCGAUGAAAAAAUAUCUCAAUUGUUGGGUGAAGUUCCAGACGAGUUAGAUCCAGAAUGGGAUGAUGAUAUUAUAGAUUCAUCAAAACAACAAAAUGGUAAAAAGAGUAUUGCGUUAGAUGAUUCCUCAAAAAUGUCAAUGGCUGUUAUGGGACAAACUGUUGAAGAUUUCGAAAAAUGGAAAUAUCAAAUGAAAUUGGAAGAACGUAAAAAGAAUGGAGAAAUAAUUGAUGAAGAAAAAGAAAAAUUGAAACAAAAAGAAGUUGUUGCUGCUUUAAAUGUUGGUAAUGAGGUUGAUAAUUUCUUUUCAUUUGUAAAGCCUUCUACAAAAGAAGAAUCUAUCAUCAGUACUUCCACUCCAAAAGAUGAAAUUAAGCAACAAGGUGGUAAUAGUCAAAGUAAUAGUAGAUCUUCAAGGUUCACAUCAUUUUUUCAAGAGCCAAGUUCUUCUAUUCAUGGAAUUGAUUCAACUGAAAAGAGUAAAAAUGAUGGAGUUAGCACGCCACAGUCAGUUUCAAAACCAACGAAUGGUCCACCACCAGGAUUCUCCAAAUUUUUUGGGGGAAACAAUCAAGCUUCUCAAGCAUCUACACCAGGAAGUGACUUGCACUCACAACCACCUCAUUUACAAAGCAGAUCAUCAUUACCUAUUUCACAACAGCAGUUACCAAAACUACAACAACAAACACCUACCUCCAAUUCAGCAAGUCAGAUCCCACUUCAGCAACAACAGCCUCAAAAUUCUUCAUCGAAUGAUAAUUUCUUCUUGUCCUUAUUAAAGAGAAAGGAAAGUACUCAUGGUACAUCGACAGAUAAUAACUCACCAACCAAUGAAGGAAAAUUUGACAUAAAAGCUGCACUCAAUCAACAUCAUCAAAGUCAAGUACCAAAAGAUGAAGACAAAGGCUCAACUGAUAAUAAUGAGUCGAACAAAUCACCAAUUAUCAACAUGCAGCAACAAAAUCAACAUCAAAAUCAACGAUCAAAGGUACCCCCUCAACAGUUUUCUCAGAACCAGCAUCCUCAUUUACCACAACAACACCCUAACUUUCCACCAGGUAUUCCGUUGAACCAAUUACCUCCAUGGUUACUUAAUGGCGCCAAUUUACCACCACAUCUUCAACAACAACCACAACAACAACAUGCUAAAAAUUUUCCACCACCUGGUUUUCAAUCUCAACCGGUUCAACAAUCCCCGUCAUCUCCUCAAUUACAUCAACAUAACGAUUUUUCGCACCAACAACCACUGCAGCAACAGCAAAAUCAAGGAAGUCAACAACAUCCUCAGCAAUCUCCUCAACGUCAAUCACAACAAUUUCCAUUUCCACCACAUGCUGGGUCUGGUAAUAGAGGGUUUCCACCACAAGCACCACCACCAGGUUUGUUUCCUAAUGGAUUCAUUCCACCUCACAUGCAUUUACCACCAUUUAAUCAAUAUGGUCCACCACCUCCAGGAUUACAAAAUCAUCAGCAACAACCUCAGCAAAUACAGCCUCUUGGAUUAAAUCCUCAAUCUUUAAGUAAUCAGCAGCCAAAUCACCAAAGUUUACCACCUCACUUAUUGAAUAACCCUAAUGCUAGAUUCAUUCCACCUCAAUACUUACAACUGAAAGGAUUGUCUCAUCCUAACCAAGGACCUCCUCCACAUCAUCAUUCACAUCAACAGCAGCAACACCAACCUCAAGAUUCCGGAACUUCAUAA